AUGGCGGCCAGCGCGAAGCGGAAGCAGGAGGAGAAGCACCUGAAGAUGCUGCGGGACAUGACCAGCCUCCCGCACAACCGAAAGUGCUUCGACUGCGAUCAGCGCGGCCCCACCUACGUGAACAUGACGGUCGGCUCCUUCGUCUGUACCUCCUGCUCCGGCAGCCUGCGAGGGUUAAAUCCACCACACAGGGUGAAAUCCAUCUCCAUGACAACAUUCACACAACAGGAAAUUGAAUUCCUUCAAAAACAUGGAAAUGAAGUCUGUAAACAGAUUUGGCUAGGAUUAUUUGAUGAUAGAUCUUCAGCAAUUCCAGACUUCAGGGAUCCACAAAAAGUGAAAGAGUUCCUACAAGAAAAAUAUGAAAAGAAAAGAUGGUAUGUCCCACCGGAACAAGCCAAAGUGGUGGCGUCAGUCCAUGCAUCUAUUUCAGGGUCCUCUGCCAGUAGCACGAGCAGCACACCUGAGGUCAAACCACUGAAAUCUCUUUUAGGAGAUUCAGCUCCAGCACUGCACUUAAAUAAGGGCACGCCUAGUCAGUCCCCUGUUGUAGGUCGCUCCCAAGGGCAGCAGCAGGAAAAGAAGCAGUUUGACCUUUUAAGUGAUCUUGGCUCAGACAUCUUUGCUGCUCCAGCACCUCAGUCAACAGCUACAGCCAAUUUUGCUAAUUUUGCACAUUUCAACAGUCAUGCAGCUCAGAAUUCUGCAAAUGCAGAUUUUGCAGACUUUGAUGCAUUUGGACAGUCUAGUGGUUCGAGUAAUUUUGGAGGUUUCCCCACAGCAAGUCACUCUUCUUUUCAGCCCCAAACCACAGGUGGAAGUGCUGGAUCAGUAAAUGCUAAUUUUGCUCAUUUUGAUAACUUCCCCAAAUCCUCCAGUGCUGAUUUUGGAACCUUCAAUACAUCCCAGAGUCAUCAAACAGCUUCAGCUGUUAGUAAAGUUUCAGCGAACAAAGCUGGUCUACAGACAACAGACAAAUAUGCGGCACUUGCUAAUUUAGACAAUAUCUUCAGUGCUGGGCAAGGUGGUGAUCAGGGUAGUGGGUUUGGGACCACAGGUAAAGCUCCUGUUGGUUCUGUGGUUUCAGUUCCCAGUCAGUCAAGUGCAUCUUCAGACAAGUAUGCAGCCCUGGCAGAACUGGACAGUGUUUUCAGCUCUGCUGCCACCUCCAGUAAUGUGUAUACUUCCACAAGUAAUGCUAGCAGUAAUGUUUUUGGAACGGUGCCAGUGGGUGCUUCUGCACAGACACAGCCUGCAUCUUCAAGUGUGCCUGCUCCAUUUGGAGCUACACCUUCCACAAAUCCAUUUGUUGCUGCUGCUGGUCCUUCUGUGGCAUCUUCUACAAAUCCAUUUCAGACCAAUGCCAGAGGAGCAACAGGCCUUUCUGGAGCAAUGCAUUCUCAAGUGUUUCCUCACGCUCAUUUUGCGGCGACCUUUGGCACUGCAUCCAUGAGCAUGCCUGCGGGCUUCGGGACUCCCGCUCCCUAUAGUCUUCCCACCAGCUUUAGUGGCAGCUUCCAGCAGCCAGCCUUCCCAGCCCAAGCAGCUUUUCCUCAACAGACAGCUUUUUCUCAACAGCCCAAUGGUGCAGGUUUUGCAGCAUUUGGACAAACAAAGCCAGUGGUAACCCCUUUUGGUCAAGUUGCAGCUGCUGGAGUGUCUAGUAAUCCUUUUAUGACUGGUGCACCAACAGGACAAUUUCCAACAGGAAGCUCAUCAACCAAUCCUUUCUUAUAGCCUUAUAUAGACACACUUUACUGGAACGAACUUUUACAUGGUCACAUUACAUCUCUCCGCCUCUUGCACUGUUGUCUUGUUUCACUGAUCUUAGCUUUAAACACAAGAGAAGUCUUUAAAAAGCCUGCAUUGUGUAUUAAACACCAGGUAAUAUGUGCGAAACAGAGGGCUCCAGUAACAACUUUUAACCUGUGAAUUGGCAAAAAAAAAAGUAGCGGUAUCAUGUAUAUUAAAAAUUGGCUAAUAUUAAGUUAUUGCAGAUGCCACAUUCAUUAUGCUGCAGUACUGUACAUAUUUUUCUUAGAAAUUAGCUAUUUGUGCAUAUCAGUAUUUGUAACUUUAACACAUUGUUAUGUGAGAAAUGUUACUGGGGAAAUAGAUCAGCCACUUUUAAGGUGCUGUCUUAUAUCUGGAAAUGAAUGACCUAAAAUCACUUUAACCAUUGCUACUGGAAAGUUAAAGUCAAAAUUGGAAGGUUUUAGUCAUUCUUGAAUUUUUCCUUUCUGAAGAGCUCUUCUGUUUAUACAUGCCUAAAUUCUUUAAAAAUGUAGAGGGAUACCUGUCUGCAUAAUAAAGCUGAUCAUGUUUUGCAACAGUUUGCAGGUGAAAAAAAUAAAUACUAGAAAAUAUGCUAUUGUUUUGUGUUCUUGCUGCAAUGCCUUUACCAAAGUGGCCUUAAAUAUCAGUAGUGAAUUGAGAACAUCUUGAAUUCUUAAAUUAGAGUUUCAGAAGACUUCUAGUGACUAACUUUUAUGUCUAAAAGCAAAUUUUAUAAAAAGGCCAUGUAGAAAAUUUAUUAAAACUACUAUGACUGCUAUGUUUAGGAAUAUGUCAGUGGUAAAGCAUUUAAUGUAGCUUGUUAGAUUCACUGUAAUCCUUCUAAUUUCUUUG